CUGUCAGACACAGGGGAAGCUUCUGGCAGCUUCUCACAGAAGCCACUCCUGUAGCCCCUCCCGCUACCAAAACCUUGCCACGCAAACCCAAUACACGGGCUGAUCUACAAAAGCACAAAUUUUCCCCAUGUGCUGUCUGAUGGUUUCAGGAUUAUGGGGCACAGGAUUAUGGGGCUGAGAGAGCACAGACAGACGUUAGCUGGACAACGGACACAGAGGAAGGAGCCAUAGCCUGGGCCCCGUAUGAUCACCAGGCACUGGCACAGGGGCAGUGGUGGCCCCAUCACAGAGGGCCAGCAGGUCAGUGGGUGACACGUCCCCAUGAUCAGCAGCGCACGGUGGCUGUGUCACAGCAGGUAGCAGGUUGAUGGUGGCCGUGUCACAAUGGGCAGCAUAGUCAGCAGUGGCUGCGUCACCAUGAUGUCACACUGAGUCUGUGACACGGUCGCACAGGGGUAUAAAAGGGGCCGCAGGGCGGUGGGUCCCACACCCUGGAGAAGUGUCCAUAGGACGAACAGGGAUGAGCUCCCACAUGGCUGUUGCCACUAAGGAGCGACCUGCCCACAUGAGGCAGAUCAAAAUGGACUUCUGGGAUGGCAUGGAGCACACCUUCAUGAUGUCCAGCAUCAGUGCCAAAGGUACAGGCAUCCACAGCCACCACAUUGUGGUGCCCAAGGGUUGCGGCAUUGUCUGGGUGAGACUCAGCACUGCAGCCAUCUCAGAGAUGUCUCCAUAUGGGGCUGGGGAUGGUGAUGACUCUUUGUGUCAGCCACCUCACCACAGCUCAGGGGUUGGUGGUAAACCGAGAGCCGGUGGAUAUGGAUCAUGACCUGGUUUUCCUUUGCUUUCCAGUGCGAACAGCCAUCUGGGAUGCGGUGGCCAAAUACAUCCAAGAACAACUGCUGCUGCGGAAGGGGGUCCAAAUUCCCUCCGUUGGCUCCUUUGACGUGGUCCCCACAUGCAUCCAGGCUGGGGAUGAGGUGGUGAUUGUCCAGAGGCCCGUGUUUCGGCUGGCCAGGAACCUCGUGGUUGUCCACAACCUCAGGGACAACAAAGACUACCUGCCCGGCCAUAAGGAACUGGAGCCCCUGAAAUAUGCCAGGGUGGCCAAGGCUGCUUCUGUGUCCCGGCGGAAGGUGGAGAACUGCAUUCAAGGCACCAUGUCCCUCCUCUCUCACUGCCUGGGAAAGGGGGAGAACGUUGCCCUUGUCCUGAGGGACGUGGGCGUGCUCCUCAUCGAAGGCACGAGGGUACAAAUGAAGUUCUACCUCAGCUUCUUGGAGAGGAUGUCUGGGAAGGAGAACUUUGAGAAAGCUACUUUUAAGGUCCCCCAGCUGCUGGACAUGGUGGUGUCCCCAGUGGUACCUCUGGCCUCUCUGACAUUUUCUGGCCGUCUCAUCAUCUUUCCUGAGUUUGAAAUGUAUGUUGUGCGCAAACUACCACCAAGGAACCCUCCCAGGAGAAACGUUGCUGCGGCAUUUCCUGAACUGUCCUUGCUUGCCUCUUCGACAUUGACUCAAAGUGAAGCCCCACAGCUCCAGGACAUAAAGGAGAUGGAGAACAGGGUGAACUCUUGGCUCAGGCAGCUGCCAGAGAUCCCAGAGCACUCCUCUGGGAAAAAGCAACCUGCGACCAGCACACCCAAGGGCAAAGCCAAGCUCAAAGGCCAAGCGUCGCAGCAGGGCCAAGCGUCGCAGCAGGGCCAAGCGUCGAAGCAGGGCCGAGCACAGGCAGCAAAAUCUCGGAGCUGCAGAGGAGGGGGACAAGGAGAACAGAAACUUCCCUUUGGAAGCAAAUUACCAUCGUUGAGCUCUGAGACCAGGCUGCCCGAGGAGCCCACCUGCAAGGUCUUCGUUCCACAGCCACCAAGACCUGAGACAACAGAAUUACUGAGAUCAAGGCCUGAGAGGUUCUGGUCAGUGCUGAAAGAGCCACAGAAGACCAUCUUAGCUGGAUACAGCUUUGAUCCCUCCCUUUUGGUGCCACCAAUCUACGAGAGGUCCGGGUCUGCGCAAUGCCAACCACCGAAGACCACAUCAGUGGUCUCCAGGAUGGAGUGGCCCUGGCUGGAGUGAUCAUGGCUUGGAGUGCCCGGAGCUGAGGGAGCACCGCCUGAGGUGAUGCCAACAGAAACCCAUCUGUGUUCAGAACACGAGGAGCCCAGGAAGGAGAUGAAUAAAAGCACAAAGGAGAAGUUGCAAAAAAAGUGUCGACUCUUCUGUUGUUCCCAAUGGUCCUUG